AUGAAAUGCGCUAAUGAUAUGAAUUGUAGUAUAGGUUUAGUGGAUAUGGAUAUCGAUAGGAUUUAUCGCAUAUUGGGCUCAGCAUUCAAACGGGUUUAUGGCUUUUACGUGAAGAGACCGCUCCAGAGGUUCAAUGUGGACAAUAGGGCUGAAAAGGCGAUCGACAAACAGAAAGCCAUUCCCAGAAUGGCUCCAAGACAUGAACGCACCGAUCAAUUAUUUAAACAAAUCACUCAAAACAAUCCUCAGUUCAGACAGGAGUUGAACGAAAAGCGUGAAGACCUUCUCAAACGCCUGCAAACGGUUAAAGUUGUGUCCGAAGAGAGAGUUUGGACCGAAGAGGAGGUGAAAGAGAUGGAGGAAAUCAAAGAGCGUGUGCGGAGUCGACUGCCGCACUCUCACGAGGGCACUGACAUACCGAUGCACGCGUACGUCGAGCCCCAUCACGUGCCCAUCGGGCGCAUCAGUCUUAUACGUGCGCUGGACUUCAUCGGAAAGCACGCGCAAUCUCCCGACCACUUCGACGCUCACACUAUCGCCGCUCAGCACCGCUUAGACGAGGAGGAGGUGAAGAAUGUGUUGAAAUAUUUUAAGCCCUUCUAUAAGGAUGUGAUGACCGAUCCGGUGGCCGACACGGAGGAAGUGUUAGGCGUUUCUAAGGAAAAAUGGCGGGCAAUGAGCAGUUUUUUGAAGCCAAAGAGUGUGUUCGAGCAUCAGAUGAAGAUCGAAGCCACCGAUGCUGACAACAAGUCAACCGCAGAUCAAGUCAAUGACAAAACGGUAAAAGAAGAGAAACAGCAAUAAAUUUAGUGAUAUAAACAUUAUUAUGAAUUAAAGUAGAUUUGCAUUUAAAUACGAAUACAUG